CAUCGUCCGCUGCUGAAGCUGGAAAGUCACCUGGGGAAAAUGCACCAGAAAAAAUCCUGUGUCUGCAGGAUCAGCACCAAUUGUUCAGAUGGUCAAAGACCAGAGAAUCUUUAGCAGAGUUGAAGCAACUGCAAUGGCUUCUUUCCAAAGGAAAGGACUGCAAGCGAGGAUGCUAAGCUCUGAAGAAGAAGAGAAACUGCAAAGAGACCAAGCUUUGGUGUCUGAUUUUAAACAGCAAAAACUGGAAAAGGAGGCUCAGAAGAACUGGGACCUUUUUUACAAAAGAAACAGUACCAAUUUUUUCAAGGACAGACACUGGACCACCAGAGAGUUUGAGGAGCUAAGAUCAUGUAGGGAGUAUGAAGAUCAAAAAUUGACUUUGUUGGAAGCUGGAUGUGGGGUUGGGAACUGUUUGUUCCCACUUUUAGAAGAAGAUUUGAAUAUCUUUGCCUAUGCCUGUGAUUUUUCUCCAAGGGCAGUUGACUAUGUUAAGCAAAAUCCUUUGUAUAAUACAGAGAGAUGCAAAGUAUUCCAGUGUGACCUCACUAAAGAUGACCUCCUUGACCAUAUCCCACCAGAGUCUGUGGAUGCGGUCACAUUGAUCUUUGUGCUCUCAGCUAUUCACCCUGAGAAGAUGCACCUUGUCUUAUUAAAUGUGUACAAGGUAUUAAAACCAGGCAGAAGUGUCUUGUUCCGUGACUAUGGGCUGCAUGAUCAUGCCAUGCUUAGAUUUAAAGCUGGAAGCAAACUUGGAAAAAAUUUUUAUGUCAGACAAGAUGGAACCAGAUCCUAUUUUUUUACUGAUGAAUUCCUGGCGAAGCUCUUUGUGGAUGCAGGUUAUGAAGAAGUGGCAAACGAAUAUGUGUUUCGAGAAACAGUGAACAAAAAAGAAGGCCUGUGUGUGCCACGAGUUUUCCUUCAGAGCAAGUUCCGGAAGCCUCCAAAGGAAGACCCUACCAUUGACUCUACUUCACUUUGAAGAAAAAUGUUUUAAACUCCUUCAUAUACUUUUAUAUUCCAAAUUUUUUAAACUACAUUUGUAAGUUUUAUAUUAAGAAGUGAGGAGAUAGCUCAGCAGGUAAAGUGUUAGCCGUGCAAGCUUGACCACCAAAGGUGUGACCCCAGGAAUCUGUGUCUAUGAUGAUGAUCAUGGACUAAACCUCUGAACUGUAAGCCAGCCCCAAUUAAAAGUUUUCCUUCAUAAGA